GCUCGUGGUCCUUUUAUAAGGUUAGCCAAACAUGGUGUUAUUCAAAGCUCAGAAAGGAACUCAAAAUCUCGAUAUUGAGAUAAGAAUACUGAAAUAAUCGAGACGUGCGAUCUAGGGUUUCUGCGAGAUGCCUAAGAACAAGGGUAAGGGAGGGAAGAAUCGGAAGAGGGGAAAGAACGAGGCGGAUGAUGAGAAGCGUGAACUCGUAUUCAAAGAGGAUGGCCAGGAGUACGCACAGGUGCUUCGUAUGCUCGGAAAUGGCCGAUGCGAAGCCAUGUGUAUAGACGGCACGAAGCGCCUCUGCCAUAUCCGUGGAAAGAUGCAUAAAAAAGUCUGGAUCGCUGCUGGUGAUAUCAUCCUCGUCGGACUUCGUGAUUACCAAGAUGAUAAGGCUGAUGUAAUCCUCAAGUACAUGCCGGAUGAAGCAAGAUUAUUGAAGGCUUAUGGUGAACUGCCGGAGAGCACGAGGCUGAAUGAAGGUAUUGCUGGUGGUCUUGAUGAGGAGGAUGAUGGUGCCGGAGAUGAUUACAUUGAAUUUGAGGACGAGGACAUUGACAAAAUCUAGAGACUCUGAAACUUGGUACAUUGUCUGUGGAAGUCUGGUGAUUUACAAAAUGGUGCAUUCUAUGAUUAUUAUAUGACCUUUUAUAUUUGUACCAACAUGGAUGAAAUAAUAGUAAACUACCUUCAUGUUUCUUUAAUCACAUGCUUUGAUUUUUGAAAUGUUAGAAAUAUGAAAAUUUCAUAAUUGUCUUGCAUAUUCUGAUUGUGUAUGAAAACAGUUUCUGCCUUCAAUUUAGUGCAAGAUUUUGUUGCUAA